CGCCCCACGUUUAGUUCAGUUGCUUUCAAAGCGUUGUCGAUAGCAGUUCGCUCGUGGGACUUGCAGUCCGGUACUCAUCCACAACUAGUCGCCUUCUCGUUUAGACGAACCCGUCCAACGGCCGCACACAGUYCACUUGCAUUGCAGUAAUUUCCUGUAUUUCGGUUCUUUGUACACGGUUACGCGGCAGCUGGUGUUUGUGUUCGCACAUUCAACUUGUGAAUAAAACAAUUAAAAACAAAAUAAUAAAAGCGACGCAAGAGAAACUGAGAAAAAACUAGCACAACUGUUCGACGCCCUCUCCCCCAUAACAGCCAAGGCAUGCCGCAGCGUGAGCAAAAUGGCGGUAUGGGCAUCAUUAAAAAGCUGCGUCGUUCUGCCUCCGCCACCGAACACAAUCUCAGUGAACUGCGCAAACGACGAUCCAGCUCGGCAUUGCUAGACCAAAAUGGCAUACCUAUAGAUCUAAAUAAAUAUCGAAAAGUCUUGGACAAAGACGACAAUGGCAAUGGMAAUGGAAAUGGAAAUGGUGAAAAGAAGCAGAGAUAUCGGCGGACGCAGAGUGUUACACGUGCCGAGGAGAUACAAAGUAAAGAGGAGAAGCAACGUAAAGAACAGCCAGAUAAACCUUGCCACCGCCCACGUGAUUCACUAUUUUCAUGGAGUUCGGGAUUUAGUAAUUUCACAGGUCUCGUUAACUGGGGUUUCCUGCUUUUAACAAUCGGGGGAUUCCGACUGUGCUUAGAAAACCUGCUCAAAUAUGGCAUCAGAAUAAAUCCWUUGGAUUGGUAUUACUUUAUGAGUGGCAAAGAUCAGGGACAAGAAGGUCAUGCUUCGCUUUUAUUGAUUUUAUACUCUUUCGUACACAUCUCAAUAUGUCUAAUGGUGGAAAAGRGUCUAGCCAUGGAAAUCCUAUCAGAAACCUUUGGAAUGUUCGUGCAAGUAACCAAUAUAAUAUUGGUAAUUUUCUUUCCGGUGAUCAUAAUUCACCUGAAGGGUGAAGCAUUCAGUUUAAUGGGCGCUUCUACUGUAUGCUUUAUUUAUUCCUUACUAUUUCUGAAGCUAUGGAGUUACGUGCAGACGAAUAUGUGGUGUCGGCAGACCUACUACCUCAAGCAGUACAAUCCCCGUGAGAGGCGACCAAGUAUAACAGUGGCGGAAUUGCAAAAUGGUUACUUGGGUGAUGAAAUUGAUGAGGAUAUACCCAAACUGGUGCAGUAUCCUGACAAUCUCUGCUAUAAAGACCUAUUCUACUUUCUACUUGCACCUACAUUAUGUUAUGAGCUAAACUUCCCCAGAACUACUCGUGUACGCAAGCGUUUCCUGUUGAAGCGUCUAUUGGAAGUGCUAUUCUGUUUCAAUGUUAUUAUGGCUCUAUUUCAACAGUGGAUUAUACCGUCGGUACGCAAUUCACUUAUACCCUUCUCCAACAUGGAAAUUGGGUUGGCCACAGAAAGGCUGCUUAAGUUGGCGCUACCUAAUCACCUGGUUUGGUUGUGUUUCUUUUACUUGCUCUUCCAUUCAUUUUUGAAUGCCGUUGGUGAAUUAUUACAUUUCGCUGAUCGCAACUUCUAUUGCGAUUGGUGGAAUGCGAACAAUAUUGAUACWUUCUGGCGCACAUGGAACAUGCCAGUACACAGAUGGUGUGUGAGACACUUGUAUGUACCAGUUGUGAAGAUGGGAUACUCAUCCGCUCAAGCGUCUACUAUCGUUUUCYUAAUAAGCGCCUUCUUCCAUGAAUACUUGGUAUCCAUACCAUUGCAAACUCACAAAAUAUGGGCCUUCCUCGGUAUGAUGGGUCAGAUACCCUUAUCGGCGAUUUCAAAAUCUAUUGAACGUAAAAUGGGUCCACGCAUGGGCAACAUCAUUGUUUGGGCAUCGAUAAUAUUGGGACAACCGUUAUGUAUAAUGAUGUACUACCACGACUACGUUGUGACGCAUUAUCACGAUGCGUUGAAUAGCACCGUUUACACUGAAGGCUAGAUAUUAUAAUUAUUUUAUACCACAUUGGAAAGCGAAUAGAAACGAGUACUUAGAAUGUAGAGCAAAUAAACUUUGUGAGAGCGGUAGCAAAUGUGAAUGACAGACUUUGCUUUAAUAAGCAAAAGGCUAAAAUAUUUUUCGGCAAAUUGUUAUUAUUAUYUGCUGUUUUUAUAAAAAAAAAAUAAUGCAUGUUAAUUUAAGCUGUUAUAUUUUGCCACUCAACAAAGAAUGUAAGAAAUUUGAUAAUGGCAACGACUUUGAAGCACAUUUUAGCGUUACUUGAUAGACUUUUAGACAUAAAAUGAAUUGUUUUGCAUUUAAAGAAAUUUUUGAUUGUUAAGUUAAACUGCAUGCUUUAAACUAAAGUACAUACA